CUAAGCUCUUUUACACCCGAUUGUCACCUGUAUAUCUCUUGGCAGACUUGCGCUGCAGCACCUGCCGUUCACUGUAAACUUGUUCCGUAGGUUAUCGGCUACUGCCUAUAAAUUGACGAGGCUGCAUCGACCUUCAGGUGCCUCCACUAUUCAUAACGUUGACGGCUUGUAGAUGGAGAGGCCCAUAAAAUACAAACUUCAAAAAUUAUUCGGUUAGAUGAAGUGAGUUGACUUGUCAGUGGAAAUUUGCUUCAAUACUCAUCGAAUGCGUUUUGCGGCUUCGAAUUGAGGAUUAUGAGGAUUUGGCGUUAAGGGAUUAACGGGACUGGAAAACCAAGUCGACCCAGAAUUAGAAAAUAAUGUGUUCCUGAGUCGAAGCUUAAACGGACAGUCUUCUUCAAAUGUAACACUGAGGUGAAUGACGACGUACAAGAGGAACCGAAGCAUUUACAUCACCACUAUCAUCAAUUCUGCUUGUCCGUGAUCGCGUGAAUGUGGGUGCUGUUGCGUGGCUUAAAGCCAAUGUAUGUAGCCUAAUGUAGGCUGUUUCUUACCAACGAACGCAGUUAUUUGAGCGACGCACAGCGUUUUUUUUAUAAUGACAUGGAGAUUGUAUCGGUUAGAUAGCUGCCAGUUAAUGUCAGUAAUGUGCAGACCUGUUUUUUGGGACGUAGCCUACUUACAACCUCUAUGGGCUCGUCGCGCACUUAAAACGCUUGGGGAAACCGAAGCAGACUUUAGGGUGGUCAGACAUGAGCCACUUCAGGGCACUGGCUGGUGCUCUAAGGGGAGGGAGCUUUUUGUUAAGAGGGCGAUCAGGGGUAGGAGCGAGAUACAACCCCUGCCGUGGCUGUUCGUCAGGGGCUGUGGAGCCCUCUCUGGCAGCAUGCAGCUCCAGCUAUGUGGAGGAAAUGUACUAUGCUUGGCUGGAGGAUCAUAAGAAUGUCCAUGAGUCCUGGGAUGCGUAUUUUCGUAAUGCUCAGGCCACGGCUUCUCCUGGGGAAACAGAGGAGAGACGCCCUUCCUCUCUCUUACAGGGCAGAGGAAUGUCUCAGACCCCUGCCAUGUCCCAAAAGGUUGUGGAGGACCACUUGGCUGUCCACACUCUCAUCAGAGCAUACCAGGUGCGUGGUCAUCAUGUGGCACAGCUGGACCCACUGGGAAUUCUUGAGGCUGACUUAGAUUGUUUUGUCCCCUCAGAUUUAAUUACCACCAUUGACAAACUAGGGAUUUAUGGUCUUGAGGAGUCUGAUCUUGACAAGACUUUCCAGUUGCCUUCGACAACAUUUAUUGGGGGCAGUGAGACAACACUACCACUGCGGGAGAUUAUUCAUAGAUUAAAGACAGCUUACUGUGGUCAUGUUGGGUUAGAGUAUAUGUUCAUCAAUAAUGUGGAGCAGUGUCAGUGGAUCCGCCAGCGGUUUGAAACUCCAGGAGUCAUGCGCUUCACUCACUCUGAGAAGAGAACUCUUCUGGCCCGGCUGGUCAGAUCCACACGCUUUGAAGACUUCCUGGCUCGAAAAUGGUCUUCAGAAAAGCGCUUUGGUUUGGAAGGCUGUGAAGUUCUUAUUCCUGCUCUUAAGAUGAUCAUUGACAAGUCAAGUGAGGCUGGCAUUGAUUCAGUCAUCAUGGGGAUGCCCCACCGGGGUCGACUGAAUGUCUUGGCUAAUGUUGUUCGUAAAGACUUGGAUCAAAUCUUUUGCCAGUUUGAUCCUAAACUUGAGGCUGCUGAUGAGGGCUCAGGGGACGUGAAGUACCACCUUGGCAUGUGCCAUGAGCGCAUCAACCGCGAGACCGACAGGAAUAUCACGCUGUCCCUCAUGGCCAACCCCUCCCACCUGGAGGCAGUGGACCCAGUGGUACAAGGCAAGACCAAAGCAGAACAGUUCUACUGUGGAGACACGGAGGGAAAGAAGGUUAUGUCCCUCCUAAUCCAUGGGGAUGCAGCUUUUGCUGGCCAGGGAGUUGUGUACGAGACAAUCCACCUCAGUGAACUUCCUUCGUACUCCACUCACGGAACCAUACAUGUGGUGGUCAAUAACCAGAUUGGCUUCACCACAGACCCCAGGAUUGGACGCUCAUCUCCCUAUCCUACGGACGUGGCUCGCGUCGUCAAUGCACCCAUUUUCCAUGUCAACGCAGAUGACCCUGAAGCUGUAAUGUAUGUGUGUCGGGUGGCAGCUGAAUGGAGGAACACAUUCAAUAAGGAUGUCGUCAUAGAUCUGGUGUGUUACAGACGCUUUGGCCACAAUGAAAUGGACGAGCCGAUGUUUACACAACCUCUGAUGUACAAGCAGAUCCGUCGGCAGGAACAUGUUCUGAAGAAAUACUCUGACAAGCUAAUUUCUGAAGGGGUGGUGACACUGCAAGAGUAUGAGGAGGAAGUUGCCAAAUAUGACAAGAUCUGUGAAGAGGCUUACACCAGCUCCAAAGAUGAGAAGAUUUUACAUAUUCGCCACUGGCUGGAUUCUCCAUGGCCUGAUUUCUUCACCGCAGAAGGAGAGCCCCGGAACAUGAGCUGCCCCGCCACAGGCUUAGAAGAGGAGGUUCUGAGGCACAUUGGGCAGACAGCCAGCUCUGUGCCACUAGAGGACUUCUCCAUUCACUCUGGGGUGUCCCGUAUCCUCCGUGGCCGUGUUGACAUGGUGCAGAAGCGUCAAGUGGAUUGGGCUCUGGGGGAGUACAUGGCGUUUGGUUCACUGCUCAAGGAUGGCAUCCAUGUGCGACUUAGUGGCCAGGAUGUCGAGAGGGGGACUUUCAGCCACCGUCACCACGUUCUCCAUGAUCAGGAGGUGGAUAAACGCACCUGCGUCCCCAUGAACCAUCUGUGGCAGAAUCAGGCACCGUACACUGUGUGCAACAGCUCUCUGUCUGAGUAUGGGGUACUUGGCUUUGAACUGGGAUUUGCUAUGGCCAGUCCCAAUGCAUUGGUCUGCUGGGAGGCUCAGUUUGGGGACUUUUACAACACAGCCCAAUGCAUCAUAGACCAGUUCAUCAGCCCGGGUGAAGCCAAAUGGGUCCGUCACAAUGGCAUAGUCCUGUUGUUACCCCAUGGUAUGGAGGGUAUGGGCCCAGAACACUCUUCAGCACGGCCCGAGCGCUUUCUGCAGAUGAGCAGGGAGGACCCCGACCACUACCCCGAAAUCACUGGAGACUUUGAGGUACAGCAGCUUUAUGAUUGUAAUUGGAUAGUUGUCAAUUGUUCGACACCUGCUAAUUACUUUCACGUGCUGAGGAGACAGAUUCUAUUACCAUUCAGAAAACCGCUCAUUAUUUUCACUCCCAAAUCCCUGCUGAGGCUCCCUGAUGCCAGAUCCAGCUUCGAUGACAUGAGCUCAGGCACCAAGUUCAGCAGGGUCAUUCCAGAUGCUGGACCAGCCUCUCAAAACCCAGAGGAGGUGAAGAGAGUGAUCUUUUGCACAGGGAAAGUCUAUUAUGAACUGGCCAAAGAAAGGAAACAGCGGAAUACAGAGGGCCACGUAGCCAUCGUUAGACUUGAACAGAUAUCUCCAUUCCCUUUCGACCUCAUCAAAGCUGAGGUGGAGAAAUAUGGAAACGCUGAGCUAAUCUGGUGCCAGGAGGAACACAAGAACAUGGGCUACUAUGAUUAUGUAAGGCCCCGCUUCCUCACGGUCCUAUCAAACAAGAAGCCGAUAUGGUAUGUUGGCCGUGACCCUGCCGCUGCCCCUGCCACAGGUAAUAAGGUCACCCACCUGGCUGAGCUGAAGAGAUUCAUGGACUCAGCCUUUAACCUGAAGGCGUUUGAGGGCAGGAGGUUUUAAUAUUCUGAGCACAUAACAGCAUCAACGCACAAUUUAGACCUGACAAUCACCUCAUCUAAUAUUUUUAGCUGCACUUGGACUUCGGGGUAGCUCUUUCACUGAGCCAAUAUCUUGUCUUUAAAGUAUGCAAAAACAACUAUUAGUGAAUAUAUAGAAUGGAUAUGCAAACAUAAUAUAAAGUAUGCUAAAGCAAGGCUCUAUACAAACAGAGCACGCACC